AUGAAGACCAUAACUCUGUUAUUUUUAGUUAUCUACGUUGCGUUGGCCACAUCCCAAUACAUACGCGUUGGGCCACCAGGACCACCGGGUCCUCCUGGACCACCCGGAGCUCCGGGACCUAAAGGUGAAACUGGCGAUCGUGGUCCACCGGGUAGAACUGGUUUACCUGGCCCACCAGGUCCUCGUGGUAAACGUGGAAGAACAGGACCAGCCGGACCAAUUGGUCCCCCAGGAUUGCCUGGCCAACGUGGUCCUCGCGGUUACGAAGGUGAACGUGGACCUGAUGGACCACCUGGCCCAAUUGGUCCCACAGGACCGCCUGGACCAGAUGCAGCUGCUGGUGGGACCGGUGCUGGCACUGGAGCAGGUGCAGUAGCAGUCAGAAGACGUAUUCGUGGCCGUAGCUAUGAUUUGUAA